GCUUUGAUUUCUAUUUCCAGUGCGUCAGCACCAAAAUUCCUAUCACCAGUUUGGCAAACAAAAUUCCAAAAUGAGUUCGCUUUUACGGCGCUACUUUACUUUCCUCUUUGUGGUGGUGAGCUUUGUGGGCUUCAGCCUGGUUGAAGACCAAAUAAUCCAGAAGGAGCCCAUGCUGGCCUCCUUCCGCCAAGAAACCCAGGAGCUGCAGGACGAGUUUGUGCAUUUGGCAGACAGAUGCAGCAUAGAAAAAGUCAUGGAGGAGGACUCCCCGGAGUACCUGCAGAUCAACUGCCUCGUGGACAGUCUGCCGGAAGGCUAUGCUAGGAGGCUGAAGCCCGUAGACUACGGCCGUAGUUUCUUCCUCAACCAGCGCAUUCCGCAGCCCCUGAAGCGCCAGUGGAAUUUCCGAGUGCCCAAAGACGCCGUGAACGGACUCAGUCUGCUGACUUGAUUGAUUCGACUCCAAUAGACCGAUAAAAAAACGUCAAAACGCG